UUUACGGCCUUUACAUGCGUUUCGGUGUGCUUUUUUUUUCAGCAUCCAAAAUGCACAGAAUGUAGGUCAUACCCGUUUCACAUAUGUGCAUGUCAGUGCUUGCAGUUCCAGUGCGUUCCAGUUGCAGAGAAAAAAAGUAGAACAGGCUGCAUUUUUCCUGCACUGAACUGUACUGGAACUUGGUAAAAACGCAUCAAAAACGCACAUGUCCCUAUUUAAAUUGAAUAAAAAAAAAAAGGGGGGGGGGGGGGGGGGGAAUAAAUGAACUGGAACACAUCA